AUGAUUUCGCAAAUAAAUCGGAUACAAGCGAUAUGGGGACUGAUUCUCUUCAUUUUUCUUGUUCUGGCUGUUGUUCUUCCAACGACGCUGAUCCCCCGACAAAAAGAUAAACUCCAGUGCGAAAAUAGCGAGAAUGGAAAAGCCCGGGCAGUUUCUUUGGACAAAAGGCCAUUGGGGGACGCAAUCAGUUACUGCUCUGAUUGCGAAGGGUUCAACUCUUAUAUAUGUGGGGGGAGACUUCCCGAGAUCGAAUCGGAUGAGUACUGGAAUGGGUGCGUCAAUAAUGCAACUCCAGCAGGUAGAACAAAAUCAGAUUGCAGCGACGUUGAUGAACUCAAGUACUUCAUUUGCGAGUAUGAUUUCAACUGUGACGAAUGGAAGCUUCUGUUCAAAAAUACUCACAACAACUGUUUGGUUGGCUUAGAAAGUGGAGCGAUGCUAAUGCUCGGCGGCUAUCGUUACGAUGGUUUUAAAACUCUCGUUCGAGGUAUUUGGCGAUUGAAAGAAGGAAGUUGGUCGAAAGUAGGAAGCCUUCCAGAACGUUCUUCUCGAGUCUCCUUCAUGAAAUUUGGCAAUUUCAUCUACCUCUUUAAUGGCGCCGGGACUGCUUCAAACAAUAAAUAUCCUGAGCAGCGAGUAGAAAUCCUCGACGACGAAGUUGUUGCAACUGAAGUUAUCGGCCACCACACUUUCUCUUCUAGUUUUCCCGUGCUCGUUGAAGUCUCUGCUGACUUCUGUGCCCCCGAAAGUGUAUUCUUUUAA